AUGUCAAUAUCUAAUUUUGAUCAAGACUCAACGUUGGGUAAGACUCGGGCAGGCCCGAGUAGUCGAAUACCCCGUCCAGGAGCAUUCGCGGCUUCGCGCAUCCCGAGUGUUGCAACAGCACAGAGACCCAGCGAAAACAAAGAUAAGAAUGUCGUCACCAAAAAUAAGAAGAAACGGCAAAGAUUGAAUUCUUGUGAUCUAUCUGCUCAAGUUCCUCCAUCUCUACGUGACAGGAAAAAAAUGCCACCUCCGGUGCCAGUUUCGAAUGACAAUCCCCAAGAAACGAAAUUGGUUCACCGAAUGGUAUCUGGAAGUUCAGAAUUCGUUCGUCGAAAAAUCAGACCUCGUAAUUCAGUAAUUAGUAGUCAUCACGAGAAGGCAUUUUGUAGCCCGGAUGUCUCAGAUAAAAUGCAAGAAAUAGAAUUCAAAUCCUCUACACCUACUAGUGCCGACGGAGGAGAAAAUGAAUUUGAUUUUUCAAAACCGAAUAAUUGCACAUUUGAAAUAUCUAAGUCGGAUAGUGGUAAUGAAAGAGUUUUGAAUAGAGAUGGCACUUUUAGUUUAGAUGAUCCACCUAACCAUAACGUACCAGAUGGUACGUUUAGUUUAGCACGCAAAAUUUUAUCGUCAACUAUUAUUGAACCUGAUGCACCAGCGGCUAAAUGUAAUGAAUCUUAUGUAAUAAACAAAUGCAAUGCAACGUUCGAUGCUGAUCUCAAGACUGAUUUAGUUUUAAGUGAUAAGAUAAGUUCUGAAACAUUUUCUAAAGACAAUGACGUUGAAAUGGAACACAGUGAAUCUUGUGAUAUUAGUGAAGCGAGUGAUAAACCGAAACGGCCCAGCAGUUGGACAGAUUGCGGACCAAGAACAUUCAUAUUAGGAGCAGCCAGUAAUUUUGGCAAAACUUUUCAGGAUAGUCCAGUUGGGCCUUACGGAAGUAGUAAACAAAGUUCAAUAGACCAAGAUGAGAGUUUAGGAAUUUUGACUCCUGAUCAAAUGGAUUCAUUGCUUGUUUUAACGCCACCAAAUCAGCCACUAAAUCCUGAUUUGCGGGUAUUCUUGCUUCAACAACAACAAACGCAACGACAAGAAAGCGAUAAGUCUCCAGGCCAAACAUAUAAUAUGUCAAGAAUGAGUCCUCCGACUGUCGAAGGAGAUGAUUGCGAAUCAUUAAUGAUUCAAGAAAAUAGUAAUCAGGAAGAACUGCUUGCCAAUAUAUCGCAACCCUUAUGGAUGAACAACAGUCAACUGCCAAUCACGCCAACGACAGAAUUAAGUAUACAACAAUAUUUGCAACAAAGUGUGCAGGACCAAACACUCAUAGGUAUGGAUAGUCAUCAAAACAGCACCUUAAAGGCUACUUCACAAAACUGCGUCGGACUAUUAUCACCAAAUGUGUCUGAACGGGAUGAUCCAAAUAUAAUGCAAGUGUCAGCCCAUCUCUUCGAUGACGGCGGUAUGAUGUCUAUAUCAGGCGGAUCUACAUCUACGGUUGACAUGGUCAAUAGUCAAGAUGGCGAAGAUCAACUGAUGCGAAGACAAGCUCUCAAUUUAUUGCUGCAAAAAGCUCAUCAGAGUCAAGAGCAGCAAAUGAUGAAUAGAAAUGAUAUGACACCGUCACCGCCUGAAGAAUUGCCAUUGGACCCAGUAGAUAUAAAAUUAGAAGUGGAGUCUGAGGAACCAGAAAGACAUAUAGGGACGCAAGAAAAUUCUCAAGAACAAAUGUCACUUGCUGACUCGGAGAGUAAAUCGCAAUCGACUUCUGGUGUAUCUAAGACUUCGAAUAGUUUUGUUGCAAGUGUCACAAGUAUUACCAGUUUGGAUAAUGGAUACCAGGGCGAUGGAGAAAUGUCUAGACCAGUCAGCCGUGGUGCAGAAAGUCAUCAUUUACACAGCAACGGACAUAACGUCAACAACAACGUUAGUGGCAAAAAUAAUGUUCAAACCGGUGAUUCAACCGUUGUUGUUGUCGGCAGGCAUCAUGCACGUCCAGACCCAAUGACCGAUUCUGAUUUUUUCACUGAAAGUGAUGCUGAUCUCGCUUCAUCCGAGGAUACUGCACACAGACUUGCUAGAGUCAUAGAUGGAAGACUGGUAUAUGGGCAUACUGCUGCCAAUAAUAAUGCAGGUAUUCCUACUGCUGGGCCAUUAUGUCUGGUGGAAGAUUCUUCUUCCUCCUGCAUGGAAUCCAGUGGUGUAUACACAGAUCUCGAGAAUAAUAGUCGCACAGUGACACCACCUCAGGGUAUAAUGGUUAAAAGUGCUUCUUCUAGCGAUUCGUCAGCUAUAAGUCCAAAUGCGAGCGCCUAUAAAGUACCUUUGGAUGAAACAAUGGCUAUGUCGGUUGAUGAAUCUAGCGAACCAAUUGCGGUUAAAUCACCAAGUUCAUCCACAAAGAAAUCAAAGCCAUCGUCAAAAACGAAUACACCGUCUGGCGGUGCUUCUGGUAAAGAGAAUAAGCGCCCUCAGAUCAAACGUUGUAACAAAUGGGAUUCUGUGAUGAAUAAAAUUGCUGAAAAUAAAAAUGCAAGGCCUACUAUUCAUUUGCGGGAAGUCAAAUCAAAGAUUUCUACUGGUCUCACCAAUAACAAUAAUGGUUCUAGUCCAACCUCAAGAGUGAGAGCUUUGAAUAAAGUUGCUUGUAGCAGUGUGCAAUCGUUGAAUGAGAGAAGUUUGAAUUCGCAACAACUUAAAGCUAAAAGGAGAACACGUGUGCGAGCAUCGGAGUCGAAUCUUUUGCAGGACGAUAGUCAGAGCGAUGUGAGCAGCAACGCAGCAGGUAACACCGUGAAUUCAUCGCCGCUAUCGGCGACCCCGGCGAGGUCGACGCCGACCUCCGGGGUGACGCAUUCUCUGCACCAGCGGCAAAAUACGUCCAGUCCGAGGAAACCUCCGGCGGCUGCGGUGCAGGCUAAUAAUCGCGCAGCCAAGAAGCGAGAUGUCGUCCGGCAAACCUCUACGCCGCCGGCGCUGUCCGAGCACCCGGUUCGGCACACAAAGCAGGCCGCCAGCCCGAUGCGGCCGGUCAGGCCGAACAAUUUACUCCAAAAACGAGGUCUCAGUCCAGCCUCGAACUCCAACGCCGCCGGCAACGUCGGCAACGGCGGCGGGGGUCCUCCGGCCGAGCCGAAAGUGCCAAGAAAAAUCAUUUCUUCGAAACGACCCGUAUCUUCUGCGAAAUCUGCACCACUGAAAGGCGCAGCCAAGAAGCGAGAUGUCGUCCGGCAAACCUCUACGCCGCCGGCGCUGUCCGAGCACCCGGUUCGGCACACAAAGCAGGCCGCCAGCCCGAUGCGGCCGGUCAGGCCGAACAAUUUACUCCAAAAACGAGGUCUCAGUCCAGCCUCGAACUCCAACGCCGCCGGCAACGUCGGCAACGGCGGCGGGGGUCCUCCGGCCGAGCCGAAAGUUCCAAGAAAAAUCAUUUCUUCGAAACGACCCGUAUCUUCUGCGAAAUCUGCACCACUGAAAGAAAAACGAGGUCUCAGUCCAGCCUCGAACUCCAACGCCGCCGGCAACGUCGGCAACGGCGGCGGGGGUCCUCCGGCCGAGCCGAAAGUUCCAAGAAAAAUCAUUUCUUCGAAACGACCCGUAUCUUCUGCGAAAUCUGCACCACUGAAAGAACACAAUCGUCUGCCAUUGUCGCAGACGGCAGUCGCGGCCCAGGCCAACAACAAUAACAACCUCAAGUCGAGCGUCCAGGCGGCCGCCACUGCGCCAUGUACGCCACCUUCGGCGGCGCCACAGCCGCCGGUGACGACGAUACCAGAGAUGUGCGGAACCGUCGCCACUUUUCCGGCGAAGUGCGAAAAAAUGGUCGCCGUCGCCGAAAAAGCGACCGCGAUCACGGCCAGGGAGAUCGCGAUAUUGCACAAGUCGAAUCGGGGAUUGGAGGCUUUGGGAGUUCUUGUACAGUACUUGGUUUAUGAUAUUGGAAGAACACCAUAA